GACCGCCGCGACACAUCGCCAUCAACAAUCCGCCCAGCGCCUCCAAGCAUCGGUUGCCCGAUCCCGCAGCGCAACACCAAAAACGGACAGCGCCAGCACCGGUUCCCACACUUCGUCCGCAUAUCUCGGGUUUUAGUCGCCAUACACUUCCCGCCGCCAUGGCGUACAAUCCCUAUGCAGGUCGGUCCCGCCCUGCGCCUCUACAUGCGCCCUCCAAAGAUGCUUCGGCUCUCCUAACAUGGUGUUUUCCAGUGCCUCCUUAUGGAGCUCCUCCUACUUACCCAACAUAUCCUGGCGCAUCGCAUGCCCCGGGGAUGGUACCGCCGCCGGGCCUAGGUCCUCCUCCAGGCAUGUCCUCCGCCCCCGGAUUGGCACCACCUCCGGGUGUCCAGCAGCCCAGUACUGCGACGCAAGCUAAUCGACCAAGCGGCCUUCCUGCGUCCUUCCAACCGCCGCCGAACCUGCCCAACAUCAACUUCAAUGCGCCCGUGAUCCGCUUGGGCGCCUCCAUGACCCCUGCGAAGCCCGGCGCGUCCCUCGUCGGCGACCGAAAAGACUCGCAUACGCCCGCCUCCAGUCGCCCUGGGCUGGGAGCAGACCGGGGCGACCGCAUGGACCAGUCGCGUGCCCAGAUGCGGGAAAGCAUGCAGUCGCUAGUGCCACCCACCCCGGAGGAACGACUGCGAACGAUAUUCGUCCACAAGAUUCCCGAAGGCGUCGGCGGCGAGGAGGGCGUGCAGAAGCUGCUCAACACGGUCGGCAGGCUGCGGCGGUGGGAUUCGGGACAGUCACAUCUCGCGGAGCACAAGGGGGCUCUGUUUGGGUUCGCACAGUACGAAGACCCCGAAUCGCUAGCUGCUGCAGUCGAGUUACUCAAAGACAUCGAGGUGCCCGUGAAAAAGCAAACCCCGACCGAGAACCCGCCCGCCGACGAGGAGAACCGGUUCGACGGCAUCGACAAAGAAAAGCUCAGGGUGGAGGUCGACCCGAGCACCAUCAAGUAUCUGGAGUCGUGGAAGGAAAGCCGAGGCGACGACCCGGCAGUCGAGGCGAGAUUGGCCGACGCGAGACUCGCGCUGAAGAACUUCCUUCACGAUCUCUUCUACCCCCGGCUUCCCAGCGGUCGUGAUGUGGAUGGCGACACAGCGAUGGGCAACGGGACAAACGGCCCGGGCGACAACGUCGAGGUCAUCAACAUCCCGCUAGCCCCCGAGGACGAGCUGGCAGACAUACCCGCCGAAAUGCGGGCCACGGUGGCUGCCGAGAUUGCGGCGUUCAGGGAGCGGAGCAACCGGCGCGAUCUGGAGCGGCUUAGGAAGGAGGAAGAGUACGAAGAGAUGGAGCGACAGCGGAACGGCGCGCCGCGCAAGUCCCGGCUGGACUCUCCCCCGCCGAGCAACUCGAACAUGGUUCCUCUGGGGCCGCGCGGUGUUCCCAACGCCCCGUCGGGUCCCAAAGGACCAGGCCGGGGCGUUGAUUUUGUAAAUGGCGGUUCCACCAACGGCCAUCAGUUCCGGGACGACGACGAUACCGACGCAGACGACGAGGAGCUCUACGAGCGGGAGCUCGCGAAGCAGAGGGCAGAGGACGAGAAGCUGUACCUGGAGGCCGAGCGCAAGUGGGUCAACCGCGAACGCCAGCGAGCAGCAGCCCUGGACAGAGAACGGGAGCGGGAGAGGGCCGAGAAGGAAGGGUUCGCCCGGAGGAGGGAAGAGCAGCUCGAGAGGGACAAGACCUGGGACGACGAUCGCGAGGCAUCGCGCAAGGGCCAUCUCUACUACCGCGACCACGGCCAGUGGAUCCGGGAACGGACGGCGUUCCGGGCUGCCGAAGCCGCGCGCGACGAGAUGGACCGGCGCGCCGAGGAGGAGGAGCUGCGCCGGGCCGAAGCCGAGAUGGAGCAGGCCAGGGACAUGGCCGACUCGUUCCUGGAGCGGCAGGCUGAGGAGAUGGAGAGACGGCCGGCGGCGGCGGCCCCGGCGGCGCCGCAGCGCGUCACCAUCUCGUUCGGCGCGGCGGCGCAGAAGGCCGCGCAGCGCGGGGCGCGGCGCACCGUGGCCGAGGUCGAAGGGCUGCUCGACGACGAGGAGCACGACCAGACGGCCAAGCGGCAGCUCGUGCCCAUCAAGUUCGAGCCCAUCGCGGACACCAAGGCCAUGUCGGAGGAGGACAUCCAGAACGCGGUGCGCGCGCUCGCCCACGAGAUCCCCGUCGACCGCGAGGGCCUGUGGGCCUGGGACGUCAAGUGGGACUACCUGGAGGAGUCGGUCAUCCGCGAGAAGCUGCGGCCCUUCGUCGAGAAGAAGGUGGUCGAGUACCUCGGCGUGCAGGAGCAGUUCCUCGUCGACGUGGUCGAGGAGCACCUCCGCAAGCACCAGAAGCCCGCCGAGCUGGUCGAGACCCUCGGCGAGGCCCUCGACGAGGACGCCGAGGACAUGGUCAAGAAGCUGUGGCGCAUGGUCAUCUUCUUCACCGAGUGCGAGAAGCGCGGCCUGCCCGCGUAAAGGGCCGGGCGCAGUUUGGGGGGGAUCCGGGGUUUGUCGUUUGCUUAGCCGGCUGUAUGAGCUACAUAGGGAGGGGUGCCAGGGGGGUGUUUGGAUCCAGCCAUUGCGUGGUCGAAGCGAGGGA